AUGAUGGUCUAUCGACGGAUACACAGAUUGGCGAAUGCUGUGAUAGUGUGCUGCUUGUUCGGUUUCAUCGUCAUAUUUCUAAAAGCACCGGUAGAGGAACAACAAUUACGGGAUGGAGUGCCGAUACUCUCUCAAAAUCCCGGAUGGUCUUCAAACGAUUGGGAAGGAUUGAACAAAGAAGUGUCAGACUUAUUGGAAAACGAUUCAAGUAGAACAUCAGACAGAACCGAUUGGAGUGGGUGGGAUUUCAAACUUACCGAAGGGAAGGCACUCACCGGAGCUGACAUCGUUGAAUCGGUCAGUUAUCUCAACGAAAAUUUCGACAUUCUGAAUACAGCGAAAUUUGGAGAUUUGAGCAGUGUCAAAACGAUUCUUGUCAUUCAGGUUCAUGAUCGUCCUGUUUAUCUCCAGUAUCUUAUCGAAUCGAUGCGUAACACAAAGGGAAUCGAAGAGGCGUUGCUCGUUUUCUCUCAUGACAUCAACGUCGGAAUCAAUAAUGAGCUGAUCCGGAACAUCACAUUCGCCCGUGUCUACCAAAUAUUCUAUCCAUACAAUCUGCAGUUGUUCCCGUUGGUGUUUCCCGGUCAAUCACCAUCUGAUUGUCCAGAGAAAAUGAAACGAGACAAAGCUCAAGAAACAAACUGCUCGAAUUGGAGUUAUCCGGAUAAAUAUGGUAACUAUCGAGUCGCUCAGCUAACACAAAUCAAGCAUCAUUGGUGGUGGAAAAUGAAUUUUGUAUUUGAUGGAAUCGUCGACAAAUUUGCAAUGAAUGAUCCAUGGGUGUUACUACUCGAAGAAGAUCAUAUGCUUGCUCCGGAUGCUCUUCAUGUACUCGAUAUCAUUGUUUCCAACAGGCCAAAGUAUUGUGCCAAUUGUGAGAUCAUCUCGCUUGGUUUCUACCUCAAAUCUACGAAUAAGUAUGGUCAAGACAUUUCUCAUCUUGGUGUUCAUCCGUGGUACAGCAGUAAGCAUAACAUGGGGAUGGCUCUUCAAAAGAAUACGUGGAAAAAGAUCAAGGGAUGCUCGGAUAUGUUCUGUAAAUGGGAUGACUACAAUUGGGACUGGUCACUGAUGCAAGUGUCUGCGAAAUGUCUUCCACAAAGGUUUCGAGUCAUUUUCACGAAGAGUCCACGAGUGAUACACAUUGGAGACUGCGGAGUACACACGCACAGAUGUGAAGCACACAAAGCUCUUCAAUCAACUCAAGAACUGUUUCGGCAGCACAAAGACUUGCUCUUCCCGACCAGUUUAUCUGUUACCGACACUUCGCGACGAUCACUAAAGCCGUCGAAAGAGAAUGGAGGCUGGGGAGAUAUCAGAGACCGACAACUGUGUGAAAUCAAUAAAUCACCGCUGGACCGUGUAUCUGCUCAAUCGCCAACAGUAUUACAUGAAAUGCUCAACCAGAAAAUUCAGUUCCCUCCAUCCAACAAAACGAUAACAUCCUCAACAACAACUACCAAAAUUUAUAGUAGAUUAAAUUUAUAG